AUGACGCCCCCGUGGCAUCUGCCCCUCAACAUCCCCCCCGAGGCUCUGCAAGAGCUCUCUAAAACACUCACUCCCACCGGUAUUGCCGACUACUCAGCACUAGCUAUCUUCUCCGUGGCAGCUACUACAUAUCUCUCGCGGGGCUACCUGUGGGACCAGCCGGAUCCAUACCAGCAUCUCGUGUACGAACGACCACAGCUCAAGAAUGGAGAGUCCAACAAGGACUUGGUCGUCUUUUGGGGCUCCCAGUCCGGCACUGCUGAGGGGUUCGCCAACCGCUUGGCGAGAGAGAUCUCUUUGCGAUUCGGCCUGAGCGCCAUGACGGCAGACCUGUCCGAUUAUGAUCCCGAGACGAUCGCUGAGGUUCCACAGUCAAAGCUGGUCGGGCUCCUCCUCUCCACAUAUGGCGAGGGAGAUCCGAGUGAUAACACGGCGGAGUUAUGGGAUUGGGUCAACAAGACUAAGGACCAAGGGCAGCUGUUGUCGUCCGUAAGGUACUUUGCCUUCGGUCUGGGAAACAGGAACUAUAAGUACUAUAACCGUGUCGUCGACGUCGUGGUGGAGGCGCUGGAUAAACUAGGUGCGACAGCGGUGAUGCCGGUCGGAAAGGCCGAUGAUGCCGAAGGUGCCACUCAGGAAGACUUCAUGACCUGGAAGGAGAGCCUGUUUGCCGUACUGAAGGGCCUAGGUUUCCAGGAACAUGAGGUUCAGUACAUGCCCACCUUAUCUGUACAAGAGGACGAAUCCCUGGAGCCGAUUGACCUGCACCAUGGAGAGCCGGACGCAGGCUCCCUUAAGGCUCAGUGCUCGCCCAUCCGGCCCUUGGCCAUCUCCACAUCUCGGGAGCUGUUCAACUCCUCCAACCGACACUGUCUUCACAUAGAUCUGGAUCUCACCAGCCAACCGGAGUUCACAUACAAGACCGGUGAUCAUCUGGCCAUCUGGCCCGGAAACCCUGACUCCGAAGUGGAGCGUCUCCUCCAGGCCCUGGGUCUCUCAUCGCGGCGUGACGUGCCUAUCAGUAUCAAGUCACUUGACUCCGCCACGAAAGUAAAGAUUCCAUCCCCAACCACCGUCGCAACUGUCUUCCGUUACUAUCUCGAGAUCUGCGGUCCCGUGAAUCGGGACAAUGUCCUGGGACUGGCACAGUUCGCACCAACCCCGGAUGCAAAGGCAUACCUCCAGCAACUCGGUCAGGAUAAGGCCAGCUAUGCUGCAUUUAUCAACAAGAACCAUGUUAACCUCGGCCGACUGCUGCAACAAGCCAGUACUAACACAUGGAACAUCCCCUUAUCAUACCUCGUCGAAACACUCCCUCUCAUGCAACCCCGAUAUUACUCUAUCUCAUCAAGCAGUAUAAUCUCCCCGCGCAAGGCCUCCAUCACAGUAGUCGUCUCGACUACCCCCGUUCCUGAGAAUGGAGACAAACUGAUCCACGGAGUUACGUCCAACUACCUCCUCGCGGUCUCGGAGAGCCUCCGCUCGGCUCCUCACCCAGAAGGGCUCACAUACCAUCUCAACGGACCAAGUGAUUCCCUACAAGGCGGAAAGCUGCUCUCGCACCUCCGUAAAAGCAAAUUCAAGCUCCCCACCCUGGCUAAGUGCCCGCUUAUCAUGGUUGCGGCAGGCACAGGUCUGGCGCCGUUCCGGGCAUUCAUCGCCGAGCGGCGACAGCUCCAGCAGAUCGGGAAGGAGGCAGAUGAGGACUUCAUCUACCGGGAUGAGCUGGACGAGAUGACGAGGGCGCUGGGAGAGAAGUUGCGCAUCGUCACCGCGUACUCGCGUGAGGGCAACAAGCAAUACGUCCAAGAUAAGAUCCCAGAAGUGGGCGAUGAUGUUUACCGAUUGAUCGAUGAGGGAGCCAACUUUUACAUCUGUGGAAAGGCCGAGAUGGCAAGGGAGGUCGAGAAGGCGGUUGCGGGAGUAAUGAGCGUGAAGGGUCAGGACGAGGCGAAUGAAUGGAGGACGAGAAUGAAGAGAAGAAACAAGUGGCAGGAGGAUGUGUGGUAA